AUGUUUGUACAUGCAGCAAUUAUUAUCCAUGAAGCAGACAAGUUAUCUAGAGAUGCACAGCUUUAUAUAAAAUGGCUAAUGGAAAGGAAUAAUCAAGGCUGCACCAAAGUCUUCUUUUGUUGCAGCGAAACUUCCAGACUUCAACAUCUAAGAUCUAUUUCUACUGUUAUUCAACUCUUUCCACCAUCAAACAAGGAGAUUGUUGAAGUGUUGAAGUUUAUAGCGGAAAAAGAAUGUAUCCAACUGCAAACCCAACUAGCCGAAAGAAUUGCAGAAAACUCUAAACAUAAUCUUCGACAAGCUAUUCGAUCUUUCGAAGCUACAUGGCACUUUUAUAAUGAGUUUACUGAAGACCAAGUGCUUUUAACUGGAUGGGAAGAAGAUGUGGCCAAUAUUGCUGAGAAAAUUAUUGAAGAGCAAAGCCCUAGGCAGUUGUAUAUCAUUCGUGGGAAGUUUCAAAAUCUUAUUGAUCAUAAUGUAUCUCCAGAUUUCAUUUUCACAAGCCUUGUUGGAGAACUAAAGAAACGUCUGAGCAAGGAAUUUCAUUCCAAAAUCGACGCCUUCUUUCUAGAAUAUAAAAUGGACAUUGGUGGAGUUUUGGAUGGUGAGAAAUCAUUAAUACUGUUACACAGUCGAUAUAAAGAAUCAAAGGGCAAGGGAAACAUUGAUCUUGGGAAGGAUGUACAGCAUUUCAUGAUGAUAGAAGAGUUUACAGCAAAGUUUAUGAGCUACUACAAGGCUUAUACGAACAAUAAGAAUUUGAAACUAAAAGAAAAGUUGUGAAAAUGCGAGUGAGUAAACAACGUCGAUCC